GUUAACAUGGAAUGACAUAUCAAGCAUUAACAUCAUUCCAGGGCAUAUUGCCGCUACAUCUGCCACAAGUGGCGUAAAUAAUAAUACAUUUUUUCUAUAUGGAGGGUUUUCGCCUGAUCAAAUGGCUACAGUGUAUACAUUUGAUACACGAAACAAUAAAUGGAACGUUGCUCAUGUUAAUUAUAACAUUCACAAAGACAGCCUAAAAGGAAUCGUGAAUAAUGGAAAAAUGUAUUUAUUCAGUGGUUUGGUUAAAGGUGUACAAACCAACGAUAUGCUUAUCUUUGAUACCAUCAACUAUAAAUUUUCAUUCGGUAAUUUGGAUAAUGCCCCAUCUCCGAGGAGACAUUACGGCGCAGCUUUGUUGGACGUCAAUUCAUUGCCUAUUUCGGUAGACAAAGAUUUCUUAUCUGUGUAUAAAAGGAAUUCUAAAUUGACAGUAAUAAUUAAUAUUAGAUCUACCUCUAUGACACAAUUAAUGAUAAUUGGACCAUUAGAGUCAGGUUUCUCCACCGUUCUUGGAUAUACCGGUACAGAAACAGACCCUAACAGUGGGCUCUAUGUAUUAAAUUUAACAAGUUAUGAAUGGUCCAUUCCAAAUGUUUCUGGAAACAAUCCACUUGUCAGAUCUUGGCAUCAAGCAAAUGUGAUUGGAAAUAUAUGGUGGUAA